AUGGAGAUUGUCUUCCGUUUGGCUCCGGAUAAUAGUUAUUCAAAGCAACAAAUAAACGAUAAUACCAACUGUUCGAGAAUGACAAGUUCGUUUUCGCACCCUAUUGAUGCUGAUGGCAAUAAACCUUGUCCGUUAGCUGAAAAAUGUCCUUACUAUAAAGCUAUUCAUUCUGGAGAAAAACUUGAAAAUGUUAACUGGUCCACUAACAAAUGUCCUGCUGCCGGAAAAUGUCCAUAUUUUGAAGAUAUUAAGAAAAGAGCUGAAGCUAAUGAUGGAAAUUUGCCAUCAGUCGAGGAAGGUUGUCCCUAUGCUGAAAAUUGUCCAUAUGCUAAACGUGACAAAGAUUCCAAGGAUGUUAAUGAUUCAAAAUGUCCUUAUUUGAGCGAUAAUAUGAAGGGUUGCCCCUAUUUAAGUAGCGAAGGGAAAGACGAUAAGGAUGCUUCUACCAAAUGUCCACACUUCCAAAAAUUGAAAGAGAAGAAAGAAGCUGCGGAGGCGGCAGCUAAAACUAAGGACGAAUUAUAA